CGGCACAGAGCUCUCAUGGUGCUCUGGGUGGCUCUCCUCUGCACCUUGGUGUCAUCACUGCUCGGUGGGCUCUACGUCCUGGGCGUGUUUCGGAGACAGAGACCCAAUGAACCACCCCUGGACAAAGGUACCAUUCCCUGGCUGGGCCAUCUGCUGGAAUUCAGAAAGGACAGCUCAGAGUUUCUCAAAAGGAUGCAGAGCAAACACGGGGAUGUUUUCACAGUGCUGAUCGGUGGUUAUUACUUCACCUUUGUGAUGGAUCCCUUCUCCUUUGGCACCAUUGUGAAGGAAUCACGAUCUAAACUGGACUUUAGGACUAGUGCCACUCAGCUGGUCGUGCAGGUUUUUGGCUACAAACCCAUCGAAGCCACUCAUAGCAUAGUCCAUACAUCAAGCAUAAAGCACCUGAUGGGAGAUGGCCUCACUGUCCUCACACAAGCUACCAUGGAGAGCUUUCGGAAGCUGCUGCUUUUCAACCUGAGCUCAGGAGAGAAGAGAGUGUGGCAGGAGGAAAACCUCUUCCACUACUGCUACAACAUUGUCUUCAGAGCUGGGUAUCUGGCUCUGUAUGGCACUGAGCCACCCCGAGGGGCAGGGAGCCAGGAGAAAGCUGAAGAGCAGGAUCGCCUCCACUCCAACCAGCUCUUCCAGGAGUUCCGUAAGUACGACCGCCUCUUCCCUCGCCUGGCCUAUGCUCUGCUGCCUCCCAAAGACAAAAGAGAGGCUGAGAGGCUGAAGAGACACUUCUGGAACGUGCUGUCUGUGAAGAAUGUCUGGCAGAAGGACAAUAUCAGUGGCUGGAUAAGUGAUCAAGAGAAACUUCUGGCAGAAAACGGUGUCCCCGAGUACAUGCGGGAGCGUUUCAUGUUCAUGCUCCUCUGGGCAUCCCAAGGCAACACGGGCCCGACUGCUUUCUGGCUCCUCUUGUAUCUGCUGAAGCAUCCAGAGGCUCUGAAUGCUGUGAGAGAUGAAGUGGAUAAAGUCUUGAGGGAGAGUGGGCAGGAAGUGAAGGCAGGGAGCCCUCCAGUUACUGUCACCAGGGACAUGCUGAACCAGACCCCUCUGCUGGACAGUGCUCUGGAGGAGACCCUGAGGCUGGUGGCAGCCCCAAUACUGGUCAGAGCUGUGCUUGAGGACACCUCCCUGAGGACAAGCAGUGGGACAGAGCUCACCCUCCGCAGGGGGGACAGGGUGGCUCUGUUCCCAUACAUCUCCGUGCAGAUGAACCCAGAAAUCCACGAGGAACCUCACAAAUUUAAGUACGACCGUUUUGUAAACCCAGACAGCACCAGGAAAGAUUUCUACAGAAACGGGAAAAAGCUGAAAUUCGUCAGCAUGCCUUGGGGGGCAGGAGUUUCCAUCUGUCCCGGGCGCUUCUUUGCUACUGCUGAAAUGAAAUUGUUUGUGUUCUUGAUGCUGAGUCACUUUGACCUGGAGCUGGUCGAUGGGGAGGAGGAGAUCCCAGCCAUAGACAUCAGCCGCUGGGGCUUCGGGACCAUGCAGCCUGUCCGCGACGUUCGCUUCAGACACCGGCCACGCUGCUGACCUGGGCACUCCUGGGGUGGUGUUUGUUCUGCUGUCACCUGUGGGACAAAUUGUCUGAUCUCAUGGUUAUCAGAUCCAUGCAGUGCCAACACUGAUAUGAUCCUGUUUGCUCAAUGUUUGUCAUG